CCACAAAUAAACAAUUUUUGAACUUUUAUAAAAACGAGGCGAUUUUAAGUUUGUUUUGUGUGUUUAUCGCCCACGGGCUAGGGUUUCCAUCGCCUUCUCUAGCUUAACGGCCAUGGACAAGUCUGAGGAACUGCAGCAAUUUCUAGAGCUAGAGAAGCAGAAAGCCAUGGUGAGUGAGAUGGUGGGAAAGCUGACCAAUGUUUGCUGGGACAAAUGCAUUACAGGCACUCCUGGAAGCAAACUCAGCUCUGGUGAGUCCUCCUGUCUCACCAAUUGUGCCCAACGCUAUAUGGAUAUGAGCAUCAUCAUCAUGAAACGCUUCCAGUCCAUGCAGUAAAUUAUGUAUAUCGGAACAUUUACAUAAAUACCCACUCAAUUCUUAUGUAUUUACAUGUCUAACAUUUGAACUUGGAAUUUGUAAGGACAUAGGACUUCGGUGGUAUGUAUGUAAAUGACCCGUAUAUGCAUUAUUAUUUUUAGUUUGUGAUUUCUGUUUUAUAUCUGAAUUUUAUUGUCAACUUGGAAUGCUCUUUUUAUUAGUUUGAUUGAGUAAAA